AUGGUCAACAUGGGAAGAUGGAAGGCACUGGACAGGAUGUUUGGCUGGAAUAAUCACUCGAACGAGGGCCACCGGUCCGAUCGCUUGUCCUGGCUUCACGAGGAGGAGACCUUACUCCCCCAUCACGGGCAGAAUACCCACAGCGCGAUCCCGCCUGCUGAUGUGGCCAAGACAUGCCUGAAGCUACGACACCUGAUCCAGGAAUGUAUCCCCUGCGAGAUGGAAGAGAGCAAGGUUACCAGGGCCCACAGCCGCAUCAUCACGAAAAAGGUCAUCGACGCUGCUAAAUCAGCCGGCGGAGAAGAAGCGAGAGGAUGUGUGGUUUUUUGUCUGCUGGUGAACAAGCGAUGGUUCGCCCAUGAGGCAAAUGUCGAGCUGUGGGAUGCCGAUCUGCAUCAACUACGAGCUGUGGCGUGUGGUGUGAUCGCAAAGCAAAUCAUCGAGACAGAGGAAGAUAAUGACUAUCUCAUGCACGUCGUUCUCCUUCGCCGAUAUUCAUUCCUGAUCAAUGGCCAGGCCACACGCCCACUCAACGCCAUUGAGAGGGCUGUGGACUUGCACGAAGUGCGCGUCAUUGGGUCCUCCGGGUACCAGAAGUGCAUCAGUCACCUCUGGCGAGGCUGGCUCGUUCAGGACGAGGACGAUCCGACCGUCUUCGUUGACUACAAGGACAAGGCCAAUCCCAACUUUCUGGUGCACAUGGACCCUGACCGCAUGCGUGCACCGAUGUAUCAAAAUGCGGCCCAGAUGCUCUUUUCCAUCAUCUAUUUGAUCCUCUACACGUCAGCUAUCAACUCGAUCAACCCAUCGGGCGAAUUCGACGGAGCCGAGGUUCUUCUAUAUGUUUUCACCAUUGGCUUUGUCUGCGAACAGGUUGUCAAAUUCUACAAGGCCGGGCACCAGAUUUUCGGCUUCUGGGAUGCUUUCAACGGCAUAUUGUAUUCGUUCUUGACGGCAUCGUUCGUCCUGCGCGCCCUCGGUCUCUCUCAUCGCGCGGGCUCCACGGACCGUACAGAAUGGAGCGAACAGAGCUACAACAUCUUGGCCUUUGUUGCACCGAUGUUCUGGGGUCGUUUGCUUCUGUACCUCGACAGCUUCCGCUUCUUCGGUGCCAUGCUGGUUGUCCUCAAGGUGAUGAUGAAAGAGUCCGUCAUUUUCUUUGCCUUGUUGGUUAUCAUCAUCGUUGGUUUUCUUCAGGCUUUUAUUGGCCUGGACUUUGCCGAUGACCUUGUGGCAGAUGACGUCUGGUUCAUCAUGGAGAGCAUGCUCAAGGCCAUCCUGGGCAGUCCAGAAUUCGAUGGAUUCGAGCAGUUUGGUCAUCCAUGGGGACUGAUCCUGUACUACUGCUUCACGUUCAUUGUGAUGAUCAUCUUGCUGAACAUCCUCAUUGCACUCUACAAUUCGGCGUACGAGGACAUUUACGGCAAUGCCGACGAUGAGUAUCUGGCUUUGCUUGCCCAGAAGGCGAUGCAGUUUGUCCGUGCUCCCGAUGAGAACGUCUAUAUCCCGCCUCUCAACCUUAUCGAGAUUGUCAUUUCCGGUUUGUUUGAGUGGUGGAUGCCCGGCCACGCGUACGAGAUUCUCAACGACUGCGUCAUGGGCGUGCUGUACUCGCCACUGCUGGUUGUUGCCGCAUUUUUCGAGACCCGCAAGGCGGCUGACAUUCGCUUCAACCGUUCGCGCGGUGAAGAGGACGACGAUGUGAUCGAAGAGUGGGAGCAAAUGUCCUCCGAUGUUGACGUGCAAUCUGAGGAAUGGGCCAAGGUCUGCGAUGCCGCUAAGUCCAAUGUCGAGGACGAUCCCGCCAUGGUGGAGCUGGAAAAGCUGCGCACCGACGUCACGGAGCUCAAGGCGAUGCUCAAAGAAAUCUCUCAGGCCGUCGGCGCCGACGCGAACAAGGCCGUGGCAACCGUUGAGGAGGAACAGGCAGAGCGUGAGCCGGUCCUGAAGGAUGCCGGGAAGAAAAAAAAGGACAAAGGCAAGAAGAAAGACGUCACCGGGGCGCGAGGCAGUGCGAGCAGCUCUGAGUAG